UUGUUGAUUUGAUUUAUUACAGUUUUGAAAUUUGUGUGAAUCACUGAAUGUGGCAACAAUUUGUGAUGGAAUUGAUACCUUGAGUAGCUAUGUUUCGUGUCUGCUCUCGCCUACCUAGGCGAAAGGUGGUUUUAUCAUCUCUGCCAACGAUUGCUGCCAGUCGCAGGUGGUGUGCCACAACCUCAUCGCCAUCUCUUUGGAAGGAUGCAUUUGAGAGCAGAACUUCUCUUGAGAGCAAUAAGAAAUCUGGCCUUUUUGGAAGGACGGAGCUGGCCACCCCCGGUGGUUUUGCUGUGUUGACGGAAUCGUGCCUUGACGAGGUUCGCGGUAUCCUUCGUGAAGUCCCGAGCCUAAAGGGUGUAAAGCUUGUAGAAUCAUUUGAUCGUCUUUCGAAUGCCAUUUGCAAAAUAGCUGAUUUGGCUGCGUAUGUCCAGUACACACAUCCCGAUGCGCAGUUUCGCGAAGAGGCGAGCCGCUGCUCAUUGCAUCUGCUGCGCCUCACGGAGGAGCUGAACGUGAACCAGAACCUGCACUCGUACCUGGCCAAUGUUAUAACUGCUCAGACUGAGUUCGAAGCAAUGCCGGAGCAGGUGCAACGCACGGCUCAGCUAUUGAUGAAUGAUUUUGAGAUCAGUGGUGUGCAUCUUAACGAGGAAGGACGAGAGCGGUGUGUGUCGCUUGACCAGCAGCUACAAGUCUUGAAAUUGCAGAUCCUGUCUACAUUCCACGAGCCGGUCGUAUUGAGGCCCAGGGUGCUGCCACAGGUGUUGAGUUCAUUUAGCAGUGUCCCCACGACACAGGAUGGCAACUGUGUCGUUUUCUAUCAGAAUGAUCACUUCCAUCCUAAAGUACGCUCAAGGUCCUACGAAAUCUAUUAUCAACAAUCUCCAAAGCGCGCCGAGCUUACGUAUGAGCUUCUGCGUUGCCGGCAUGUUCUAGCUAACACUAUUGGGUAUUCAAGCUUUGCUGAGCGUGCCUUGCGCUUCUCUUCGGCUGGCACGGUCGACAGAGCACUGGAGUUCCUGAAGAAGCUAUCGGACGAGGUGCGCUGUCGUGCCGAGAAAGAGAUUGAAGUACUCCAAUAUGUACGAAAUCAACUGGAUGGCGAAGGCAGAUAUACACUGCCCAACUCUGCAAAGCCCGCACGUCCUUUGGUCUUCACGGAUAUCCACUACUUGGAGGGUGAGAUGCCGCGUAUUCUGUGCUGCAAAGGGGCAGAGGCAACUGGAGAGGACAUUGACGACAGCAGGUUGACAUUCACUGUUGGCAGCGUCAUGCGUGGUCUUGAUCAGCUGCUGCAGCGAACGUUUGGCCUACGCAUGCAGCCAGUGGCUGUUGAUCAAGGCGAAGUCUGGCACAACAGUGUUGUGAAGCUGGCCAUUGAACAAUACCACACAAACACUGGCGAUUGGUCAUUGGUUGGACACCUCUACUGCGACUUCUUCGCCCGUGUCAACAAGGAAGGCGGCGAUAGCCAUUAUACUAUUCGCUGCGGAUUCAAUAGGCCAUCGCACCCAGCGCAGCUUCCGCAGUCAGUGCUGAGCAUCAAUAGCAGCCCCAGCAUGCCGCUCAAGAUCUCCACGAUCCGCACGUUCUUCCACGAGUUUGGUCACGGCUUACACAGCAUGUUGGGACAGCCAGAGUACCAGCAUACCGCCGGUACCAGGUGUUCCAAUGACUUUGCUGAGGUUCCCUCUGAACUCAUGGAGUUCUUCUGCGGGCACGAAGCAGUUCUAGCUAUGCUGGCUGACAACGGUGAUUCAGCACAGUGCUCACAGCUCGCUCAACAGCUGCAGGCCAGGGAGCAGCUGUUCCAGGCUCUGGAGCUACAAGAACAGAUUGCAGUGGCUCGGUUUGACCUGGAGGUGCACAGUCAGACACCGUCGUGCCCAGAAUGGAUAGAGACCUGGUAUCACCGUGCCCAGCGAGAGCAUGCGUCUAUCCCGGUGCCGAUGGACUGUGCGCCACACCUGCGCAUGUCCCACCUGGCCAGCUACGGUGCUACCUACUAUUCGUACCCGUGGGCGUUCGCCACAGCCGCUCUGCUGUGGAACGAGCUUUUUGCUGCCAAUCCAUUCAGCCUGGAUGCUGGUUGCCGCUAUCGAGAUGCUAUACUUCGUCAUGGCAAUUCCAAGGCCCCAAGUGAGAUGCUGGCCGAUCUUCUUGGCAAGACUCCGGAUGUCGGUGACUUAGUUUCUGCCGUUGUACAUGAGCUGGACAAGGGCAAUGCUCGCCUACAGGUUAUCUGGGAUAACCGGCCUCCUCCAGUUGAAACCAAACAGCGUGAGACUAAGUGGGUCAAGCGCGAGGGGAGGAAAAGAAACAUUACUGAGGAAUGCGAUUGAUGGCUCCACAUUUUCCUUUAUUCUUUUUUUUAUUUGGGAUUUUGAGUUUCUUCUGCAGCGCUGGUCGCAUGUUCAGUUUUCCUUUCUCGAUAUUCAUCCUAAUUUUAACCGGACUAUAUCUCAAGUUAUCACACUUUUGUUUUUUUCUUUCUAGAUGUGCUGUUGUGUAGACAACUCUACCUGGCUUUGUUAGGGUUCUCCGGAUUUUGGACGUUUUUUUGUUUUCGUAUCCCUUUUUAUAAGGAGAAACCGAAGCGUAAAUAGGUGUGCCACGAACCUGCUCGCCUGGUGGUGUUUCACCACGAGGAGAAUCGAAA